GCAGGAUUUGAUGCAUCCCUAAGCAUUAGUGUUGUAAGGAAAAAGGAGAGAAUAUGUCGCUUACAUCAGUUGAUUACGCAAAAAGUAGGAACUAUUUGGUCUGAUUAAAAAGAGCUAUUUUAUGGUUGAAAAUAGUUGUAUCUAACCUUGUUACCACGAAACACAGCAUAAUUGAUCGAGCGAUAGAAAGCAUUUGCUUUUAUUCGUCAAGUUAUCUAUUGUUACUAAGUAUAUUCGCACACGUUAUUUCCGGAGUGUGAGUGUGUCACCGUUUUCACUCUUUUGGUUUUUGCUACAACAUUUGAAAGGAACGCUGUAGGAAUUUUAGAGACGUCUUGUUUUGUAAAUAAAAGUAGGGAUGUUACGAACUUGCGAUCUUACAUCAAAGAUCACAUGUUUGCCUUACUCAAAAUCCCCAAGCUCUACCGAGCUUUUGUGCCAGACGUAACCAGUUUUCUCUGUUGUAUGUGACGCUGGUGUUAGGACUGGUCAAAUCAAUAAAAAAAGUACCGGGCUUGGUAAGGCUUGUUAAAAAAUACAGAUAAAGAUCAAUUUUCAUCAAGCUUUACCAAGCCCGGUACUUUUUUAUUGAUUCUGAUCAGUCCUAAACCAACGUCGCAUACAACAGAAAAAACUGGUUACGUCUGACACAAAAUUUUUGGGUUUUGAGUAAUGAAAACAUGUGACUUGUGAUGCAAGGUCUCAGAGCUUGUAAAAGCCAUCGUGGGAUCACCUCGGUUCACUCGAUCGUGUUUGUGCUACAACUAAAAUGCAGCAUGCUGAAAAUUAAAAUUCAUUUUUUCAGAGCUGCUGGUAUUUCGAUUAUGGCGCAAACACGAUUGAAUAAAACUCAGUUCAUCCCGAGUGGAUUUUUAAAAGCAUACUUUUAGCUGCAAAACAAGAUAUCUCAAAUUUCUACAAUGUUCCUUUCAAGUAUUGUAACAUAAAGGAAUGAGUAAAAACGGUAACGCACUCACUCUGGUAGCAGAUUAUGUGAUUCAGCCGUAUUCCGUACUAAGCGGAAGAAGGAAAAUUGAGAGUAGAAGGGAAAAAGUAACACACACAGAACAUUUAUUCGUAACCAUACGAUACCUUGAAUACUACUGAAGAAAAUGUGCAAUAGUUAGUCAUCUGAAAUUGUUUGUUUAUAUAGGGUAAACGAUGGGAGAUAUAGAUAACUUUACUUGUUACAUUAUGAAUAGUUAUCUACUAUUUCCAUAACAGUGCCAGUAGUAUCUUCGUUUUUAUCUGUUCACAUAUCCCAUCUUACUGAAUCACUACGUUCACUAUAUUAUCGAGAUCACUACUUUUAUCCUUCAAAAAUAUUGUCUGAUUCUAGCCACUUUACUCGCUUUCAUAUUUUUCGAUCCGUUCCGAUAUUGCUUUCGGUACAGCUUGUAUAAGCGAUGGUGACUAUGCAAGAACUUGGCAAAUUCCUGGACAAAAUGCAUAGGAUGUAAUAACAUCUCUCAUAAAAUAUGAAAUAUUUCAAUUAUUAUUAUCAAAUGUGCUAUGUCGAGUAUCAUUAAGUGCUGCUUUUGAAGAUAGUUCUAUAUUUUUAUUCUUUUUACAGUAUUUGGUUGCUGAUUAUCUUUAAUUUUACGUGAAGUAUAAGACGUGAAGAUUACAAUUUUAAAAUAACAUGGAAUGUCGAGAGCUGCCUAACAUGGUCAAAGUUGCAUUCUUUCUUAUUUGUAUCACUGUAUUUGAUUCGCCACUUAAAGUUACCUAUAAAUUCAUAUUUGUAGACUUUCGACCGAAUCAUGAGUUUAUACAAAAGUCCGAGAAAAAUGAGUUGUUUUUUACUCAAAAAGGACGCGGGCAAUACGUGCAACAAUGAGGGGCAAGAUCUUCUAGUUGCAAGAAUUUCAAUCUUUAACUUCAGUCUUAAUCUAUGGCUCUCAUGUUAGCUUUUUUUGUCUGUUUACUCAGAAGUGCAGGAACGCCUGGCAUACUCUACGAGAUGGUGAUAAGCGGUAUCUUAGCGACCUGAUUUGCUGUGCCUUCAAAAACUGAAAAUAAUAAGAGUCAAAUCUAAUUCUUAUAUAAAUUUUAUUUAUUUCAAAAUGGUUAAGUCUUUAGGUCACGGUCGAUCUAUUUUGUUCCAACCUGCAUAGCUUUUGUAAAAAACUUCGGCAAGGUUUUUUCAAAAUAAUUUUUUUUCUCCAACAGAACUUGCGAAAAUAAAGGUUCUAAUUUUGACAACUAUUAUGCCAACAUUUUCAAGGUAAAAAAAUUCAGGAUGUAUGCUUAACUCAAUGAGAUGUACAACGUAUCAAAAUAAAGAUGGAGGAUUCUCCUUAAGAUUUCGUGAGAGGAUUUUGCAGGGAAUCUCCAGAAAACUCGUCACAAUCUUUUCAGAAAUAUUGUGUAACAAAAUUCUUUGUUGUAGUUUUUAUUCUGAACAUCAUUAAUACCAGUGUUAUGAGGUAGAGCUAACGCAAGAUGAAUGUUUCUUCCUAAAUUUAAGGUACAACAUCAACAUCAGCAACCACUGUUCUUUGUGCGGCCAGUUGUAUGUCCACAGCAACAUCAACUGCAUCACUAGCUGGUUUCUAUUCAUUUGAUUCAACACUUAGCGAUGGAAGUGGAAAUGGCUAUACAGCUAGUUCACAGCCAGCUCUUCCCACAUUUGUCACCGGCAUGGUUGGAAAUGCGAUCAGUUUUACCUAUUCAUCAUCACAAUAUUUAACAGCUUCAUCGAUUAAUUUCUCUGCAAGGAGUUUUACUAUUGAGUUUUGGUUCUAUUGGAACGUAUAUUCAGGGUCGGAUAAUGCUUUUUUUGGUCAAUUUUUGGCGAGUAAUUCUGAACAAUGUUUAUUCAUGAUGAUCCGUAGCUACGCUUUAUAUUGGGGUUUUUUUAAUGACGAUACCAGUUCUAGUACAUCUUUAUCAGCAAACACUUGGUAUCACGCUGCUUUUGUCUACGAUUAUAGUGCGCGCACGCGUACUGUUUACUUAAACGGGAUUCAAAUUGGUUAUAGUUCAGCCGGUGUUCUGGCUACGUCAGGCUCGACUGCAACAAUCGGUGGUGGUCAAAUUGGCGGGAGCGCAGCCGCACAAGUUUAUUUCAACGGCUACAUAGAUCAUCUAUCGUACAGUACUCGUGCUAAAUCGGCAUGUGAAGUUUUAAAUGACGCAACACUAGCUGCAUACUUUCCAUUUGACAGUUCGCUCUAUGAUUCAGGGCCUAAUUUUCUCGUUGGAACAUCAUCAGGGGAGUUUUUUACGUCGGGAAAAGUAAAUCUAGCACUACAGCUAAACACAACAACGCCAUGUUAUUUUCAAAUGCAAACUACCCUAGCACUUGGUACUACUAAUCAAGCAUUUACAAUUGCCUUAUGGAUUAUGCCUACUACAUUAAGCGGUGUACUUGUUCAUGUAUCAUCACUUUCAACAGGUGCAGGAUGGUGUUUUCCAUUCUUGGGAUUUUCGUCGUCAAGCGCCAUUGUUGCUCAAAUAUACACUACAUCGUUCUCAGCGACAUCUGUAAUUGGUCCUGUUAUACAAACAAGUCCAUUUUGGACACAUAUCGUUCAGACAUUUAGUACGACAAACGGUCUAAGACUCUAUGUAAAUGGAGCUCUUCGUGCAUCAUCAACCGGUUCAACUGGUUCAAGUUAUUCGGCAAGUGGUGCGCAAAAUUAUUUAACUUUAGGGUCAAACCUAGGCCAAAGCUGCGCUACAGGAAGUAUUGUUCUUGGACAAUAUAGAGGAGCUAUAGAUGAACUUCGAGUGUAUAGUAGGGAAUUGACGUCAACAGAAAUAUGUAAACUGUAUACUGGCUAA